UGGCUGGGACCAAGUUUUCUAUUAUUUUGCAACUCAGUUGGUCAUACUGAGAUAGAAUCUCUUUGAGACAGUGACGGAACUGCUGGACCCCUCAAUCUCCCUGCGGCUGAAUCCUUGGUCUUCUCUAAGGAGCUCAGGAACUGCCCCCUGAUGUCAGAACAGCAAGAGAAUAUUGAUCAUCACAUCACACAUUUUUUCAACCAAGGGCUAACACAGGCUGAAAUCGCUCUAUGCCUUGCUGUUAGACAGAAUGUACACAUAAGUGUGCGACCUCUACGAAGACUGCUAGCAAGGCUUCAGCUUUUUCGGCGGCGUAAUCUAAGUGAGCCCAGCGCUGUGGUUAACUACAUAGCUGAGCAGCUAAGAGGCCCUGGGCGUCUCCAUGGAUACCGGAUGAUGACUGAGAGGUGCAGAUCAGCAGGACUGCGGGUCACAAGAAACCUGGUGUAUGAAGUGCAAUCUGUUUUAGACCCAGAAGGUAUAGUGCGGAGAAGAGGUAGGAGACUCAGAAGAAGGCAUUACAGUGUACCAGGACCAAAUUACCUUUGGCACAUGGACUCGUACGAUAAACUCACACCAUUUGGUAUUGGUGUGAAUGGAUGCAUUGAUGGCUUCUCGCGAUAUAUUAUCUGGAUGCACGCAAAUUUCACUAACAGCAAACCGGAAGUUAUUGCAGCUUAUUACAUUGGUGCUGUUAGUGAACAUGGGGGUUGUCCAAAAAUAAUCAGAUCUGAUCUUGGUACAGAGAAUGUACACGUCAACAGAUUGCAGAACUUUUUGCGUGAAGAUGACAAUGGCACAACUCAUGGACCAUGUGUGCUUCAAGGAAGAAGUACUGCAAAUCAAAGAAUUGAAAGCUGGUGGGGACAGUAUCGGAGACAGAAUGCAGACUACUGGAGAGAUUUGUUCCAGGAGUUCCAGUCAGUUGGCGACUUCAAUGGCGAUAUAGUCGACAAAGGUCUUAUCCAGUUCUGCUUUCUUGAUGUCAUACAGAAGGAGCUAGACACUGUGGUGAGAAUGUGGAACAGACAUCGGAUCCGGCCUGGAGGCAAUGGACGUGAUUUGUAUCAUGGAAAACCGUUCCUCAUGUUUCAUAUGCCACAACUUUACCAAGCACAGGACCACCUCCAGCCAGUGGACUAUGACAGACUUGACGUCAUCCUAGAAGAGGAUGUUUGCCUUUGGAAAACUGACAUUGUCUGUGAUCCAGACCUUCAUGAGCUCUGUGUCUUGAUCAUGGAAGAACAUAACCUUGAGGCUGGCCAUAAUGCUGCUGAGGCAACCAGACUACAGACAGCUGAGGCCCUUGAUAAGAGCACUUUAGUCUGA